GCUGCCGCCGGGGUCUCCGGCCUUGGGGCCUCUUAGCGGCCGCAAGAAGAGGCGGCUGGGGGCGGGGGGAGAGGGGCCGGGGCCCGCGCUCCCCCAGCCCCGGAGGAGGCCGAGGCGAAAGGAAGGACAAACAGACGGACCCAUCUCGGCGGCCGGACACCUCCCCCCCCCCACCCCGACACACACACCCCCUCACCCCGUCGUCUGCCGGGGAUCAUGGCCGGGGCUGGGGCAGCUGCCGCUACGGCCAGGAGCGCCCUGCCGGCCGUAAGAAGAAAUUAUAAUAUAUAGACAAUCUCCUGGCAGAAGAUGAUCCAUAUGGAUCAGAAACAGAAAUAAGAAGUUGGAAACCAGGAAUCCAAAGUGAAGAAAUUCUUUGAGCCUUUGGAUGAGAAAGGUCCUCUGUUCUAUAAUCAUGCCAGAGAUGACAGAAAAUGAAACUCCUACAAAGAAGCAGCACCGAAAGAAAAACCGGGAGACACAUAAUGCAGUGGAGAGGCAUCGAAAGAAGAAAAUUAAUGCUGGCAUCAAUCGAAUUGGAGAACUCGUCCCAUGUUCACCUGCACUGAAGCAGAGCAAGAAUAUGAUCCUGGAUCAAGCCUUCAAGUACAUAACAGAACUAAAAAGGCAAAAUGAUGAGCUCUUACUCAAUGGAGGAAACCAUGAACAAGCUGAAGAAAUUAAAAAACUGCGGAAACAGCUGGAAGAAACCCAAAGGGAAAAUGGCCGAUACAUCGAAUUACUUAAAGCAAAUGACAUUUGCCUGUAUGAUGACCCUACAAUCCACUGGAAAGGAAAUCUCAAAAAUGCCAAAGUUUCUGUUGUUAUUCCUAGUGACCAGAUACAGAAGAACAUCAUUGUCUAUUCAAAUGGAAGUCAGCCUGGUGGAAACAACCAAGGGCCAGCUGUUCAGGGAAUUACAUUUAAUGUCGGUCACAAUUUACAAAAGCAGACAGCUAAUGUUGUGCCAGUGCAAAGGACUUGCAAUCUAGUGACUCCUGUGUCCAUUUCUGGAGUUUACCCCCCUGAAAAUAAGCCAUGGCAUCAGACCACAGUUUCCUCCUUGGCUGCUAGCCAGUCCGUUCCUCUUUGUCUUCCUGCUACCAUUCCUGCUCAGAACAUUCUUGAAAUUUCCACCUCAGAAAGUGAGUCAAGUGUGCUUAGUUCUAACAGCUCACAGAUUACUGUUCCACCUGGGUCUGAACCCCACCAACAUAGUUUGUCAAAUAUGCCACUAAGUGGUCAGAAUACUUCUGAAAGCAAAAAUGGACAAGAGAGCCCCAAGUUACCCAAAAGACCUGUGUCCUGUGCUACCAGCAUCCCCCCCAGCACUUCUGUACUUUCCUUUCAAGUGCAACAUGGAAACAAAUCCUGUCUAAGCUUACAGGAUUUUAGAAGUGAUUGUCAGGACAACUUUGUGGCACCAGUUGUUGAUACAGCUUGCUCCCAACCUCUGAGACCUUCAGUCCCUAGAAAUUCCUCUCCAGUGAACAUUAGUAAGAACACAGACUUAACACGCAGUGCUGGUGUAGAGGCACCUUCUGUGGCUCUAGCAGUCAAGGCUACAACUGCUAUAAGCACAGUCUCUACAAGCCAUUUAGACAGUGGUUGGUCUCUUUCUUGCUCUUUGCCUUCUUCAAGUGUUAGUGCUUCUGAUUUGAAAAACAUAAACAGCCUUACUCGCAUCCCCUCAUCUGGAAACACACAGACAACAUGGACUACAUUGCAACUGGCAGGAAACACUGUUCAGCCAUUAAGCCAGACACCAUCCACUAUUGUGACCCCAAUGUUAAAUGAGCCGGGCACUGGUACCUCAGCUACCAACCACAAUAGACACAUGGCUACAAGCAUCACCUUGAAUGGCUCAUUUCCUACAGAUGGGCAGCAGGUUGAGCAAGUAGUUGUGACUUUGCCUUCUUGUCCAUCUUUACCUAUGCAGCCACUAAUUGCUCAACCACCGAUUAAAACUCAGCCUCCCCCAAAUAUCCUUCCAUUUAAUUCAACAAUGCAAGUAAUUCAGAUGGCUCAGCCAGUUGGGUCAGCUGUUAAUGCAGGUCCAGCUAAUCAAAAUGUUAUCAUUCUUCAGCCACCUAGUACCACACCAUGCCCAGGAGUUAUGAGAGCCGAAGUUCCCAAUCAAACAGUUGGUCAACAGAUAGUGAUUAUCCAGGCAGCUAAUCAGAAUCCUUUGCCACUCCUCUCUGCUCCACCUCCUGGUUCUGUUCGUGUCUCUGUUAAUGGAGCCAAUCCUGUAGUAGUGUCUAAUAAUUCAGUGCAAAAUGUUUCGGCUCCACAAACAUUUGGAGGAAAGCACCUCGUGCAUAUAUUACCAAGGCCUUCAUCAUCAUCAUCUAAUUCUACACAAACUUUUUCUGUUACAAUGUCAAACCAACAGCAGCCUCAAACUAUUUCUUUAAAUGGACAGUUAUUUGCUUUGCAGCCUGUAAUGUCCUCAUCAGGAGCUACCAAUCAAACCCCUAUGCAAAUUAUUCAACCCACCACCAGCGAAGAUCCAAAUACCAAUGUUGCCCUGAAUACAUUUGGUGCUUUGGCCAGCCUCAAUCAAAGCAUUUCACAGAUGGCUGGGCAAAGCUGUGUACAAUUGGCUAUCAGCCAACCUGCCAAUCCUCCACCUUCGACUAAUAGUCGGAUUACCCCAAUUAACUGUGUUUCAUUAUCAACUACUGCAGCAUCUCCUGUAACUACUGAUAACACAGCAGUACUACCAAAUGCUGCUAAUCAAAUGAACACUUCUCCAGUGAAAGCUCUCGCUAGUUUGCCUUCUAAUGUGAAAUCAAAAAGAGUGAACAAGAAGCCAGGCCCCAAAAAACAUGUAGCUAACAAAUCAGCAUGCCCAGUGAAUCCCAAUAGGGAUUUGGGGAAAUUAGAUUGUGCCAAUACAGAGGGAGCAACUCAGCAGUCAUGUGCUGAUGGGCUGCUAGAAAGCCUACCUGUGGUAUUAACUCCUGCUAUUGAAUCUCAAGCAAACAGUGUGAAUGUUUCUGAUUCUCAUUCCUUUGAGGGUGUACAUUCUGAACCUGUAGUCUCAGAGUCUAAUCCAUUAGAAGUGUCCCAUUCACCCUCCCAAGAACCUGUAACAAGUCAACAUUUUGUAUUGGCCCCACCUGAUUCCAGAGAUUCUGUGUCCACUUUGCAAUCAGGGAGAUCUCAAAGUAAGUCAACAAAUAGUCCCGAGUUGUCACAAUCUUCCAAGUCCUGCAUUUCAUCUGGUAUCUUCAUUCCCUCUCCAGGUGAGCCACAUAUUUUGGUUUCUCAGGUUCCUGGGUCCUCAGCAACCCAAAGUACUACUAGUACCAAUGGUGCUUCAGAGGUGGAAAUUAUUGCUGAACCAUGCAGACAAGAUUCAUCAGCUGUAGUGCAAGCCACAGGCUUAUUAAAGGGACGUGGUUUAACUGCAUUGCUCUCCGACCUUACUAAAGACAAAGAGAGUCAGAAAACUCCUCUUUCAGCCCAGGUCGGGGUAGAGCAUCCUAACUUUCCUUCAGAGAACUCUAAAAUCGUUGGAUCAAGUAUUGAUUUGCCUCAGAAACAGGAGCUAUUGUUGAUGAAUGGUGAUGGUGGGAAUUUGCCACAGCAUCAUUCCUGUAUUCCUGAUCAAGAGGCCAUUAAUAGCUCUUUGCUUGCCAGCAGGCAGACAGACUCUCCCAUGUCAACUAGCUCUGGUAGUAGUCGUGGUUUCUCAGUUGCAUCCAUGCUUCCUGAUACCACUAGGGAAGAUGUUACCAACAGUACAUCAGCUAAUACAUGUGACGGUUGUACCUUUGCAGAACAAACUGAUAUAGUAGCACUUGCAGCAAGAGCCAUCUUUGAUCAAGAGAACCUUGAGAAGGGAAGAGUUGGUGUCCAGACUGAUAUCCAGGAAACUACUCCAAAACCACCUGAAGCUUCAUCUUUAGAGGGAGACCAGUCCUUCAAAAACCAGGCAGCAAAAGAGAGUACCACAGGACAGGUUGAAGCAACAGCAAGUGAAUUUAGUUCCCAGGAUCCAGUUCAAGCAAGUGUGGAUAGGUCUCUUGAAAAACCAAGUUGUUCAGUACCAACUGAAACAUCAAAUGCUUCUAUACAGGUUUCAACUUCUCAGUCCCCAAGCGUUUCCAGUUUAAGUGUUAAUAAUCUUAUCCAUCAGAACAGCAUCAGCCAUCCUCUAGGAAGCUGCUCAGAGCAACCAGCUAUUCCUGCAACAGUGAAUCUAUCAGUUUCAUCUAGUUCCUAUGCCAGCCAACCUCCUGAACCCUCUCUAAUGACUGAAUAUUCCCAAGACCAGCUAAAUACCAUGACUAAUAACAUACCAAAUUCACAAAUUCAAGAAUCACACUUAAAGUCAAAUCAUGACAGUCGGAAGGAUCCUGCCAAGCGUCCUGUUCAAGAUGAUCUUUUGCUUUCUACAGCCAAAAGGCAAAAACAUUGUCAGCCAGCACCCCUCAGACUUGAAGGUAUGUCCCUGAUGAGCCCAACACCUGACAGCAUUGCUGAUCAAACUCAAAUGAUGGUUAGUCAGAUUCCUCCUAACUCAUCAAAUUCAGCAGUACCUGUUAGCAACCCUGGGCAUGUGGAUGACCUUUCUCGGUUAUUCCCACCCAGCAACAAUUUUGUCACACCUGCUUUGAGACAACCUGAAGUUCAGUGCAAUUCACAGCCAUCAAUGACUGAGCAGCAGCAAAGCCAGGCAGGAAGUCAGCACCUGCAGCCCUUGCAGCAGCAUGUACCUCCUGCUCAAGGCAUAUCUCACCUUCAUAAUAACCAUCCAUACUUAAAGCAACAGCAAGCAGGACAGUUAAGAGAGAGACAUCAUUUGUAUCAACUGCAGCAUCAUGUACCUCACGCAGACAGCUCCAUUCAUUCACAGCCCCACAGUGUACAUCAGCAAAGGACUAUACAGCAGGAAGUUCAAAUGCAAAAGAAGAGGAAUCUUGUCCAGGGAAGUCAAGCUCCUCAACUUUCCCUACAACAGAAGCAUCAUGGAAGUGACCAGGCACGACCCAAGGGUGGCCAGCCUCAUCCCCACCACCAGCAGAUGCAGCAACAGAUGCAACAGCAUUUUGGAGGUUCCCAAUCAGAAAAAAGUUGUGAGAAUCCUUCAACAAGCCGGACCCACCAUAACCACCCCCAAAACCAUCUAAAUCAAGAUAUUAUGCAUCAACAACAGGAUGUUGGGAGUAGACAGCAAGGUUCUGGAGUUUCCUCUGAGCAUGUUACAGCACACAAUCCAAUGCAAAGACUUAUGCCACCUAGAGGGUUAGAGCAACAAAUGGUAUCCCAGCCAAGUAUUGUAACUAGGUCUUCAGAUAUGACCUGCACACCACAUAGGCCGGAAAGAAAUAGAGUUUCAAGUUAUUCUGCAGAGGCUCUUAUUGGGAAAACAUCAUCUAAUUCAGAGCAGAGAAUGGGCAUAUCAAUUCAGGGUCCUAGGGUUUCUGAUCAGCUUGAAAUGAGAAGCUAUCUCGAUGUUCCAAGAAAUAAAGGUUUAGCUAUUCAUAAUAUGCAGAGUCGUGUAGAUCAUACUGUUGCCUCAGAUGUUCGUCUUUCUGACUGUCAGACAUUUAAGCCAAGUGGAAGUAGCCAACAGCCCCAGAGCAAUUUUGAAGUACAGUCCUCAAGAAACAAUGAAAUAGGUAACCCUGUGUCGUCAUUGAGGGGUAUGCAAUCCCAGGCCUUUCGAAUUAGUCAAAAUAGUGGUCCACCCAUUGACCGACAAAAGAGAUUACCUUAUUCAGCAGUUCAGAGCCUUCCAGCUGGAAAUGCCAUUCCCCCAAGAGACAAUGAAAAUGCAUGUCAUCAGAGCUUUAUGCAGAGUUUGCUUGCCCCUCACCUUGGUGAUCAAGUCAUCGGGAGCCAACGAUCAAUCUCAGAACAUCAGAGGAAUACACAGUGUGGCCCAUCUUCUACAAUUGAAUAUAAUUGUCCCCCAGCCCAUGAGAGUAUCCAUAUUCGAAGAGAGAGUGAGACUCAGAAUAGAGAAAGCUGUGAUAUGUCCUUGGGUGCUAUUAACACCAGGAACAGUACUUUGAAUAUCCCUUUUUCAAGCUCUUCUUCCUCAGGGGAUAUCCAGGGUCGAAACACAAGCCCCAAUGUUUCUGUACAAAAGUCUAAUCCCAUGAGGAUGACUGAAAGUCAUGGAACCAAGGGCCACAUGAAUCCCCCAGUUACUACUAACAUUCAUGGGGUAGCUCGGCCAACUCUGCCUCAUCCAGCUGUAUCUCACGGGAGUGCUGAUCAAGGACCUCCUUCAGUUCGUCAGCCUAAUUCUUCAGUUACCCAGCGAUCAAGGCAUCCCUUACAGGACAGCAGUGGUGGUUCUAAAAUCCGUCAACCUGAAAGGAAUCGUUCUGGAAACCAAAGACAUAAUAAUGUCUUUGAUCCUAGUCUUCCCCAUCUCCCUCUGUCUACCAGUGGCAGUAUGAUUAUUGGACGUCAGCAGUCUUCUACAGAGAAGAGAGGAAGUAUCGUUCGUUUUAUGCCUGAUAGUCCACAAGUGUCUAAUGAUAGUACAGCCCCAGACCAACACACUUUGUCCCAAAAUUUUGGAUUCCCAUUUAUUCCAGAGGGUGGUAUGAAUCCACCAAUAAAUGCCAAUACUUCUUUCAUUCCACAGGUUACUCAGCCUAGUGCCACUAGGACCCCAGCACUCAUCCCAGUAGAUCCCCAGAAUACAUUGCCUUCCUUCUAUCCACCUUAUUCCCCUGCUCACCCGACACUGUCCAAUGAUAUUUCAAUCCCUUAUUUUUCCAAUCAGAUGUUCCCAAAUCCUAGCACAGAGAAGGUAAAUAGUGGAGGUUUAAAUAACCGAUUUGGAACAAUAUUAUCUCCUCCCAGACCUGUUGGAUUUGCUCAACCAAGUUUUCCUCUUCUCCCUGAUAUGCCACCAAUGCACAUGACCAACUCUCACUUGUCCAAUUUUAACAUGACAUCUUUGUUUCCAGAGAUAGCCACGGCUCUUCCUGAUGGUUCAGCAAUGUCUCCUUUGCUUACAAUAGCAAAUUCCUCAGCGUCUGACUCUUCUAAGCAGACCUCAAACAGACCUGCCCACAACAUAAGCCAUAUUCUAGGUCAUGAUUGCAGUUCAGCAGUCUAAACACUGAUAGAAACUAAAUGUGAUGGGUGAGAUUAUAUAUUUGUGUAUAUGUAAUAUGUAUAUAUAUGUAUAUAUAUUCAUGUGUGCAUGUGUGUAUAGUCCAUUUUUUUGUUAUCCACAGUAGGGAAGCAACAGCAGAGAUAAUCCAAAAAAGAAAAGUGGCUUACUGAAAGAAAUUACAUUUAAUCUUAAAAUGCACUAUGACUUUUCCCCCAGUGGAGUCCCCAAGUUUCAUUUAGGGUGUUUUGUAUUUGUUGGGUACAAAUCAACUGGUAUUAGACAUAGGCUAGCCUUGUAUUGGGUGGUAGGUAAGAGGGAGCCAAGUGUCAAAACCUAUUUUUGUAGAUAAUCCAUAGAUAGUAAAACAUUAUGGCUAGUGACCAAAUUCUGGCUAAUGUCCAUAAUGAAAGCAGAACAAUGAACAAAUAUGUGAAUUGUGUUUAUUGAAUUCCUUCUUCUCUCUAGCUUCCCCCCCCCCCCAGUAAUUGGUUUGUUUAAGAAAAAGUCAUUGGGGGCAGCUAGAGGGCACAGUAGGUAGAGCACCGGCCCUGAAUUCAGGAGGACCUGAGUUCAAAUCCGGCCUCAGACACUUAACACUUACUAGCCAUGUGACCCUGGGCAAGUCACUUAACCCCAAUUGCCUCACAAAAAAAAAGAAAGAAAAGGUCAUUGCCUUGAUUUCUAAAGCUCCAGUAAAUUAAAAAUCAUUUGGAUUUCAUAGGUCUUGCAUUUGAAAAUUGGGAAUUGAAUUGGGAGCCCAAUUCAAUAGACACUUUUGAAAUUUAAUCCUGAAGUCAAAAAUCUUUACUUAGUUAUUAGCUUUAGCAAUAGGAUAGACAUAGAGCUAGAAGGAACCUUACUGAUCAUCUAAACCAACCCCCUCAUUUACACAACUAAGUAGGAAACUAAGGCCCACUAAUUUUUCCAGAGAGAAUU